ACUUGUUCUUAAAAUGUCAGCAGGAGGCAAGAAGAGGCACACUCUGAGCUCAAUCGGAGUGCGGCUCGGGUGCAGCAGCAGCUGCCGCCGCCCCAAGAUCUCCGCCGUGUUCCAGCCGAAGCAGCGCCGGCACAGCCACAGGCACUCAUGGGACGCCACCACCACCACAUUCUCCACAUCCUCCGUCGACGCAGAGGAGGCGGACAUAAAGAGCCUCCGCGCCGUGCAGGGGUUCGGGCGCAUCGGCGGGUCCAGCGUGGCGGUGGAGAAGGACUCCGACGACCCGUACCUGGAUUUCCGCCACUCGAUGCUGCAGAUGAUUCUAGAAAAGGAGAUAUACUCCGAAGACGACCUCAAACACCUCCUCAACUGCUUCCUGCAGCUCAACUCGCCCUACUACCACCGCAUCAUCGUCCGCGCCUUCACCGAGAUCUGGAACGCCGUUUAUUCCCACUCUCCUUCCUUCUAGCUCAGCUCUUCUCCUCACACUAUUCGGUUUUCACAGCCUUUUUGUCAUCACUUUGUCAAAAAUUUUGUGAAAAUUGUAAUCCUUGUGUAAUGUACUUUAAUAGACUUGCUUUCUUUUAUUUC